AUAUGGCCUCCUUUACUGGCAGGUCACAGCUGUGGCAGGAGGUUCUUCAGCCUCACUCCUGCUGGGAUUGUGAACGCAGCCCAGCGUCCGUUCAGCCGUACCUCAGAUUAAUGAGACUGGACAAACCCAUAGGAACGUGGCUGCUGUAUCUGCCUUGUAUGUGGAGUAUUGGGUUGGCAGCAGACCCGGGAUGCCUUCCUGAUCUGCGCAUGCUUGCGCUCUUCGGGGUGGGAGCUUUGCUUAUGAGAGGAGCAGGAUGCACAAUCAAUGACAUGUGGGAUAAAGACUUCGAUAAGAAGGUAAGAGUACAUACAUAGAAGUAGAUUGAUUGUUUCCUGCGUCAUGUUCUUCCUUUAGUCCCAGAAAGUCAACUUUUUGCUUCAUUGUCUGAGAACAUUCAAAGUG